AUGUUGAAAAAUAUUGGAAAAUAUUGGAAAAUAUUGGAAAAUAUUGGAACAUAUUGGAAAAUAUUGGAAAAUAUUGGAAAAUAUUGGAAAAUGUUGGAAAAUAUUGAAAAAUAUUGGAAAAUAUUGGAAAAUAUUGGAAAAUAUUGGAAAAUAUUGGAAAAUAUUGGAAAAUAUUGGAAAAUAUUGGAAAAUAUUGGAAAAUAUUGGAAAAUAUUGGAAAAUAUUGGAAAAUAUUGGAAAAUAUUGGAAAAUAUUGGAAAAUAUUGGAAAAUAUUGGAAAAUAUUGGAAAAUAUUGGAAAAUAUUGGAAAAUAUUGGAAAAUAUUGGAAAAUAUUGGAAAAUAUUGGAAAAUAUUGGAAAAUAUUGGAAAAUAUUGGAAAAUAUUGGAAAAUGUUGGAAAAUAUUGGAAAAUGUUGGAGAAUAUUGAAAAAACAAAAGCAAUCUGUAAAACUGAAUUAUAUCAAUCCAAGACUGAGACACAAAGGCCGUGAUAUCCUCCACUUUUCAUUCACAGACAGUAUUACUAAAUAUCAAGUGAGCAAUGCCACAUUAUUCAUAUUUAUCAAAGGGACUGACAGGAGGCCUCGGCAUGACGUCAUCCUGGAAAUAUUUAAAGUCAAAAAAAUAGCUGACCACACUGAACCAGCAUCGUUCGAUCUGGUGUACGCCAAAAAGAUCCUACAGCCCACGGGGAAAGGCGAGUGGGUGCAAAUAGACCUUUCGGAGACGGUUUCUGAAUGGUUUAAGAGUCCGAAGGAUAACCAUGGAUUUGUAGUGAAUGCUACGGUCAAUGGAAAGAAAGUGGCAGUGACGGAUGUCCACGUAGAUGAGGGGAAAAAGGGUAGUAUUAUGUCACCUUACGAUAAGCAUGGGCAGCAUUCCAGUAGGCCGAACAAAAUUAGUGAAGAAAUAAUAGCACAAAUAGAGGAACAUAUACAAAGUUUUCCCACGAGAAUAUCCCAUUACAAUAGAGAAGAUAAUCAAAAAAGAUAUUUCUUAUCCGAUGAGUUGAACAUUGCAGAAAUUUUUGGACAUCCAAGGUCAGACACCUGCCAAAAAUGUGAUCGCCUAAACAACGCAACUGCCGCAGAAGAAAAUGCAGAAACUAAAACUCACUUGGAAACCGAAAAGCUUAUACUCUUACAAAAAGCCAAAGUAUUUUAUGCGAAAUUACGGGAAUAUACAAAUCUUGCCCGCGAAGAUGAAUCAGUUGAUGUAUUAUAUUUUGAUUAUCAACAAAACUUGCCACUGCCGCAUAUUUCUUUAGGCGAUGCGUUUUAUAAAAGGCAGUUAUGGGAAUAUACCUUUUGUAUACAUUCUACCAAGAAGAAAGAGGCAACUUUUUAUAUGUAUGAUGAACUCACUGCUAAAAAGGGUUGCAACGGGGUGGUGCCUUUCGUACAAAUUUCGACCAUAGAGGCCAAACGCAGAACUCGCCGUAACAUAGGUAGAGACUGCGACGAAGAAUCUAACGAAACGAUUUGCUGCCGCUACCCCUUAAUCGUAGACUUCGAAGCCAUCGGUUUGGACUUCAUAAUAGCUCCUAAACGCUAUGACGCUUACAUGUGCGCCGGAGAGUGUCCUUACGUAACUCUUCAAAGGUUUCCGCACACGCACCUAAAGCAGGUCGCUAAACCUGCUAGCCAACCCCCUUGUUGUACGCCCAGGAAGUUGGGCAGCAUUUCCAUGUUAUAUUUCGACAACCAUCUUAACGUCGUAUAUGGGUCGCUCCCUGGUAUGGUAGUAGAAAGAUGUGGGUGUUUAUAA